AUGACUGUAACGCUGAUGUUCCUGCAGCUCCAGGCGAAGGUGUGCUCGCUGACGGAGGCUCUGCAGGGAUUGGAGCAGAAGAAGAGGCAGCUGGAGGAGAGUCAGGACGCUCUGAUGGAGGAGGCGGCCAAGCUGCACGCUCAAGGUCAGAUGCAGCACGGGAAGGUGACGGAUAAAGAGAAGGAGCACAUGAGCCGCCUGCAGGACGCAGAGGAGAUGAAGAGGACUCUGGAGGAGCAGAUGGAGAACCACAGAGAGGUUCACCACAAACAGCUGAGCCGCCUGAGAGACGAGAUCGAGCUGAAGCACCGAGAGGGGGAGCGCCUCAAAGAUCUGACCCAGGCUCUGCAGCUGGAGGUCAGGAAGCUGCAGUCAGACUGCGACAAGCUGAAGGCUGAGGACCACAACAAGGAGCAGAAACUGCAGAAACUCAUGUUCCUGAACGAGAAGAGGGAACAAGCCAAAGAGGACCUGAAGGGUCUGGAGGACACGGUGGCCAGAGAGCUGCAGACUCUGAACCACCUUCGGAAAGUGUUCAUCGAGGACCUCGGGGCUCGAGUCAGGAGCGACCUCAUGCAUAAACGCAAUCCUCACCGUGCUCGCCAGACCAUCGUCGUGCUGGGUUUAGCGAGCGUGUGGAAGACUUUGAAGUCGACUCAGCUCACCAUCUCUUCAUUUCUGAACACAUUUGUGUACAAGAUGGUAUGGGAUGGCAUCUUAGAAAAUGCUAAGGGAGAGAAACUGGAGCUGUUCCACAGUGUUCAUGGCUGGUUAAUGGUUCUCUAUGAGCGGGACUGCAGGCGACGAUUCACCCCUGAUGACCACUGGCUACGCAAGGACCUGAAGCCUAGCCUCUUGUUUCAAGAGCUCGAGAAAGGCAAGAGAAGAGCCCAGCUUUUACUGCAGUACAUCCCACAUGUCAUUCCACAUAAAAACAGAGUGCUGCUGUUCAGGAACAUCGUCACCAAGGAAAAGGAGAGUUUAGGAUUGGUAGAAACAAACUCUGCUUCACCACAUGUCACCCAUAUUACCAUUCGUCGCUCACGGAUGUUAGAGGAUGGAUAUGACCAGCUCCGCAGAUUGCCACCAAAUUCCAUAAAAGGCGUCAUUCGUGUGAAGUUUGUCAACGAUCUGGGAGUAGACGAGGCUGGUAUCGAUCAGGAUGGUGUGUUCAAAGAGUUUCUCGAGGAGAUCAUUAAAAAAGUGUUCAAUCCUGCCCUCAACCUGUUUAAAACUACGAGUGGAAACGAAAGGCUGUAUCCUUCACCCACAUCCUACAUCCAUGAGAACCAUUUGCAGCUGUUUGAGUUUGUGGGGAAGAUGCUCGGGAAAGCCGUAUAUGAGGGUCUCGUCGUGGACGUCCCCUUUGCCUCCUUCUUCCUCAGUCAGGUCAUGGGUCACCACCACACCACUUUCUACAGCUCCAUCGACGAGCUUCCCUCCCUGGACUCUGAGUUUUACAAAAACCUCACUUCCAUCAAGCGCUACGAUGGAGAUAUAUGCGAUCUUGGACUGACGUUAUCUUAUGAUGAGGAUGUAAUGGGCCAGCUUGUCUGUCAUGAAUUGAUACCCGGGGGGAAAACCAUGACAGUGUCCAAUGAAAACAAGAUCAGCUACAUUCACCUCAUGGCUCACUUCAGGAUGCACACGCAGAUUAAGGAGCAAACGGCAGCUUUCAUUCGGGGUUUCCGCAGCAUCAUUAACCCAGAGUGGCUGCACAUGUUUUCCACGCCUGAGGUUCAGCGUCUUGUCGCUGGAGACAAUGCUGAGAUUGAUCUUGAUGACCUCAAGAAACACACCGUCUACUAUGGAGGUUUUCACAGCAGCCACCGGGUCAUCAUCUGGCUGUGGGACAUCCUGUCCAGUGACUUCACCUCUGAAGAGAGGGCUAUGUUCCUUAAAUUUGUUACCAGCUGCUCCAGGCCACCACUUCUAGGUUUUGCCUACCUCAAACCACCUUUCUCCAUCCGCUGUGUGGAAGUUUCAGACGAUCAGGACACCGGAGACACACUUGGAAGUGUUCUUAGGGGCUUUUUUACAAUCCGCAAGAAGGAGCCUGGUGGUCGACUUCCCACUUCAUCAACAUGCUUCAACCUGCUCAAGUUGCCCAACUACAGCAAGAAGAGCAUCUUGCGCGACAAACUGCGCUACGCUAUCAGUAUGAACACAGGCUUUGAGCUCUCCUAACUCAUUUGCAUCAAGACAAUCUUCACAGGAGAGCUGUGUUCAGCAGCCUGGGCCGAGUACGAGGCUCAGCAAACCUGGACUGGAUUCUGAGCAGUCAGAGGGGAUCAAAUACACAAAAGGGGAAUCAUGGAGAAUCUAUACCUCUCCUUUGUUCUCUAUUGAUAACUGGAGAAGCUCUGCUCUACUUCAGCCCACUCCCUCACAUCGAAGGAGAUGCUGUUUCUGCAACACAAUCUAAUUGUUAGCGUCCCUCUUUUCUACUCCCAAAAAUCAAUAUCUUGUGUAUUUAACUUGAUGAAAUACAGACAUACAGUGGCUGGAUCUCUGUUUCUCAGGCUUAACAGAAUCACAUUUGGAUCUAAUACUCCCUUUUAGGCGAACUGGAAAGCAAUACAGACUCAAUGCAAGCCAUUAUACACGUGGUGGACUCACUCGAGUGAAACCAAGCAAUGCAUUGUUAAUAUACUUACAAGCUUGGACUCCAUUAUCAAAGCAACUUUUAGCUGAUAUUGGAUGAGUCUUAAACAUGCUGAACAUAAUGCAUCUUUUAUAAAUGGAAGGCGAAUCAGUGUCUUGUGUUCGACCUCAACAAAGGAGGAGUGGCUCACAGCUGUAAUCCUGUGUUGAUUACAUUAUGUCCCAUUUACGAGGAAAAUCAUUUUGACCUCACUCCAUUUCUCCCCACUUAAAGACGCCACAGCCAUCUGAGAUAGACAUUGGCCCUCUGGUUUUUAUGAUCUCAUCUGGUUAUCUAACAUCAGUCUCUGUUCUGGUGAAGCAGCAGAAUUUACGCAAAAAAAAAAAAUCGGAUUCCUGUUGUCUGAUUUAGAAAAGAUGUCCUUGCUGUAGCUUUUUACUUUUGAGUAAAAAAAGAAACUGGAAAUGUUUGGGCACUAUUUAUAUCUGCCUGGUAAAGCAGACACCACUGUUCAUUGUCACUGAUCUGUAUGACCUCUACUCCUGAAGAAUGAGGAGUAAAGUUAGUCAUGUAAGUCUUAAUAAUAGUAAAACUGAAAUCUCACUACACCUUUUAGUAACGCUGAGUGCCUCAUAUAACGUCAUCCCCAUUGCUCUCUUAUUUUAACCAAUUACCACAUAUAUCGGAAACAAGCCAUACAAAAAUGGGGGCUAUAUACCUGGACUUAUUCUCUGCUACUACUAACAAAAAAGUGGAAAAAAACAAACUACUCUACAACCACUGCUACAAGAACAACAACAACAACAACAACAACAUCAACCAAGGAGGGUUUCACUGCAAUGUCCUCUGAUCUUCUUGAGCCAUGUGGAAAAAGAGUCGGGGGUGUAAAAACCUCUCAACAUGAUGUCAUGGACCGGUUUGAUAACCAAAAUGUGACUGCUCGAUUUUGGUGUUCUCUCGGAUUGUUUCACACCUGGGACCUUAUCAGCCUAAAUAUGACUUAACACAGGGUUCAAAUAGAUCAUUAGUAAUUUACCAGAAAAUUCAAAGAAAGUGUGAAAAAAAGAAGAAAAUAAAUCUAAUCUUAACCAAGUUCUUUAUUAUGCAAAAGGUGUUAUGUGUCCUGAAGGAGUAUUGAUACUUGUUAAUAAGUAACACAAGCUUUAGAGUAUAAAGGUCAUGUUUCUAACUAUCAUGGCCAACCUUGUGUGAAAAUUAAAAAAGAAGUGAUACAAAUAAUUAUAUAUAACACUGGUUGGACUGAACUUACCUGCAGUCCAAUGAGAUUUACUAUUGUAGAUCUGGAAAAUCAGUCAGGAGGAUCUUGCUCCAGCUUUUCUCCUUUUAAUCUGUUCUGGCGAUAAGUGGAAACACUGCAAAUGGGUUCACACAACAUGCUAAACUUGAGCGUGUGCAGGAGAGAUGAAAGAUACCUCAAAAGCUUGUCUGUCUCGUGAUGAGGUCGCUCAUCUGUUUUAAAAUGAUGUCAAGAGUAGGUUAUACUUUAAAUGUACCAGUGGACUGCUGAUGCUGACCUUUGACUAACUGCUCUUUUACUAAAAUAAUAAAAUUAUCCUUGAAAAGUC